AUGACGGACGGACACUUCAGAGCUCAAGCCUCGCCGUCGCCGCAGACAGGCCCGCCAGUGCUUCCUCCGCUGUCCAAGUUCUACUGUGGCCCUGCGACCGGAUGGAGCUCAGCCGGCGCUUCUCCGAGCCAUAACGGUUCCACUUGGAGCUUGGUCAACCCUCCUACGGACCAGGCCUUGUCUGGUCCUGCUCGAGCGUCUCCCAGUCUCACUUCAUCUCAAUGGCCAAAUCAAGAAUCACAAGGAUGGCACAGCGGGCCCCCAACUUCCACAAUCCCCCCGAAAAACUUCCCCGACAGCUACGCCAUGAUGCAAGGCAAUCGCAAUUCUCCGCUGAAUCCUGGAUGGGAUAGUCGUCCAACGUCGUCUUCCAUGGACACAUCUACCUGGGGCGUGAACUACAACAGACCCCACGGUGACGCUGCCAACCCCAUAGCAAGACCCCCGCUACCAGUAAGUCGCUUCUCAAAAUGGUCUCCACACCCGCCCCUGAAGACUGCUGAUCAGAUUCAGCCACGGCCGGAGCAUACGACAGAAACCGAACAAGCAGACCGUGAUCGGAAGCGCUACUCUCCACAUUCGAAGUACAGCUCUCAGCAUCCCUCUGCUCGUGGAUCAGCAACAACAAUCGACGUGCCACUAUUUCUUCAACCCCAACCUUUCGAUCCGGAAACAGCCCCUCCGUUACCACAAAGACCUUCGUCGCCCAUCCAAGAUCGCCGUGCUUCGCCUCGCUUAUCCUCAAACUCACAGCAACUGCCUCCACCCCCUCCCAAGAUACCCCUAGCUUCCAAUGAGGCAGAGCCCCAACAUGAUCAGCAGUCGCACUCGAGCAGUCCACAGGUCUCUAGCCUGAGGCACUCGAAGCAGGAUUCUCAAAAUUUGCAGCAACCACCGGUCACAACACCUAUGCAUCACCUUCGUUCCGAUCAUCAGAGAACCUUCAACCUCGGACACAGCAAAGGACAUUCUCAGAGUUCCAUGAGCUCAACGAGCUCUCGAAAACGACCUCACUUUGACCCGCAGAACUCCCACGACGCUGAGGGUAAUCCGGCAGGUUGGCAAUCUCAAAGUCAGCGACUUACACAACCAAAUCAGUCAGCCAGUAGCAUAAAUACUCGAAACACUCCGCUUACUGCAACCCACCAAGACCUCUCUUACCCAAACGAGCAAUCUCACCAGACGGUCACGGCAAGGUUGCAAAACAGUUACGAGGAAGAGAAUCGGUAUCAGAUGGCCCAGCGAUUACACAAACAAUCGAUAUCGCCGGUACAGGAGGGAGAUCGCUGGGCAGCUAGUCCCUACCCAAAUCGUUGGGCUUCGCCCGCAGCUCAUGCUCCUUCGCCUGAGCCACAACAUGCAACACUUCCGCAGCAAGAUGGUCGGUCCACAAGCGCAACCGAAGCAUCCUCCAAUAUGCCCAACACCUCCACUCCCGAGUCGCAUCAAACAUCGAACACGUCUUUGAAAGAUGACGACGCACGCGAGCCCGGUGGUGGUGAAGGAGAUAGUAAUGACUCGUUCUACUGGCACUCUGGUCGCUCCUCAUCUGAGAGCGAUAAUGAGCGGAGCUCUGAGACUGCUCUUGCUACACAACAUAGUCGAGUCCAAAGUUCAACAGCCAGCCAAGCGACAACCCAAACAGUAAGAAUAGUCGAUGCGAGGGAUAGCUAUCGUCCCAAGCCCGAAGGGUCGUCCACGGGCGGCGCUCUAUCAAGAUUUUCGCCGCAGAUGAAGCCCGAGAUCUCGCAGUCGAAGCCUAAUUACGAGGUCAGAGGUCUACCGGCUCGGUCAAGCAGUCUCUCACCAAAUCCUCAGGUAGAGUAUAGCUCAUCCGCCUUAGGAUAUGGUGGUCCUUCUGAUUGGGAAUAUUUCGGCGACUAUGAGGCUGAGGAAGUGGACGACGAGGAGCUGUAUGCACAUAAACCACGCGCAGAGCUACCAGCAAGCAUCCCCAUAACGGAGGAAGAAACGUUUACUAUUCCAGACCAAGCUUCUGGAUCCCAAGUGAACAAGCCGGGACUUUUCACACCGCCGAGUACAGGAUUUGCAAUCCAGGAAGAGAUUCAUACUAAAACCACGCCCUUUGCCUCGCCUGAAAACCAGACCGUUGAGGAAGACCCUGUUUACGAGUCGAAGUGGUCACCAUCCACGACACCGACUACCCCUCACGCAAAUUCAAGCCGACCACUCACUGUAACUUCAGAGCCGCUUCCUUCCGAAGACCAGAGACCAGAUCUGGAGGAGGUAAUUCGAGCUUGGUCAGACGAUCCACAUGUUGGAAGAAAUCUUGACACGGAGUCAAUGAAGCAAGCUGGGGUGAGACAAUUUGAAAAUGAAUACAUCCCGGGAGAGGCAUCUUUGGCUUCAACUCCUGGAGAGAGCGUGCUGGGCGUCUACGCAAUACCAAAUGAUGCGCCUCCGAUACCGAAGUUACCCGAGUCUAUCGAUUUUGAAAGACACAGUCUAGCACCAAAAUCACCGAUUAGAACUCCGCAGGAAGGGACGCAAGCGGACAGCGCAGACGUAUUGCAAACACGCCUGAGCGUUGCUGAAGGUGCUUCCAAUACUCAUGGGCAUGACACAGUGAGCGCAGAUGCCACCCUAGCAGACGGCCAGAUUGUCCAAGGUGCCACACCACCUGUCGCUGAGACAUCAAAGGAAGACACCAAGCUUUCACGAACGCCUGCCAAUACUGAGGACGAUAAUGAGGCAGCCGGUCAAUCAGCAACGUUGUUCGAAGUUCCUAGCCAUCAUGAGACCUUAGUAGCGGGCGUUUUUGCAAAUGGAUGUAGUGAUGCUGCAGACAGCAUUAAGGGUCCGAUCUCUACGCCAACAACUUAUGCAGAGACUACAUCACUAGAUGGCAGCAACACCGAGAUUUUUCACAAACCGACUGUGUCUAACGAUCCAGCGUUUGCUACACCUCAAACGCAUACAGAGGACUCGAGGAGCAAACCAGCUGGUUUGCAUGAGCCUCAAAAGGUUGCAUCGGCGCCCGAAACGGUGCGCAAACCACAAAUCUCGGUGGAUAUUCCGGGCGCGGCUCUAGGAAGGACGGGCUCGCCGAUAUCAGAAUUUGCUCGCAAAAGACAGAUGUUUGAGUCUCCUGGAGAGAGCAAAUUCUCCCCUUUAUCCCUCCCACGCAAACCUGUUCAAGAUGCAAAGCCAUCGCCGAUUCAUUCUUCAAACUCAGAGGAAUUCAAAGCUUGCGACAUCAAGACUUCUGACCGUUCUGUGGACAAUCUCAGCAAAGGCCCAUCUGCAGCAGCUACUUCUACAAACUCCUUGAAAACUUCACCUACAGUGUCGCAAAAGCCAAGCCGUGACUAUAUACUCGACAAGUCACCAGAAACACUUCGGCUCAUUGCUCGAAGUACCAGUAGUCAUUCCAAACGAUCAUCAAAGCGCACGUCUCAAGAAGACGUACUAUCUCAAGCUCAACCAGCCACAGCUGAUACUACAGCCGCACCAGGGCAAGAAGCACCAAAGUCGCUCGACCGAACGUCUUCUGGCCCCGAAAAUCAUAACACAGCACCAGUAAACUCAAUCGAGACCUUUCCAGAUCCUGCUUCUGAGCUCCAGAUAAGGAUGCCCGCUCCGAGUCCAACGCCAUCACCUCAGUUUUCUUCGGCGACUAAUUUGGAGAAUCUAGCAGGCAAUGUAUCCAAAAUUUCUGUGCUUGGAGCAUCUACGACUACACUCCCGCGGCCCUUGAGCGGGGCUAUGAUCUCCACAGAAAGCAAAUCUUGUCAAGCCGAUAUUGCUAAUGAUCCUUACGCUGAUCUUGAUCCCUGGGGUCGAGCAUCGCUCAAUCGCUUCGCCGCAAUGCUCCGAGAAGAAGGCCGUGCAGAGUCCAAUAAAGAUAAGUUGAACAUCUUCAACGUUUUUGCCAGUCGGGAAUCCCGCUUACGGGUAGUUCUCUAUGGCUCUGACGAGGAACUUAUAUUGGCGACGAAGGCGCCCGCAAAACAGACUGAUGAGCCCCGAAAAGUGCCGUCCUCUAAGUUGCAACAUCUAGCCAAAGCAAGCGCUCCUAGAAAGGUCGUGCAGAGGUCUAAUACUACAAAGACACAGGGGGCGGCCAAGGAACUUCCCCCCUACCUCCGAACCGUGAUAGCUCGAGAAGACAAAGAGCAGUCCCAGGCGGACACCGAGAAAUCUGAAAGUCCCCAAUACAGUCCCGGAGGUCGGCCAAUUGUGCAGCGUCUCUCUCGAAACUCUAAGGACAUAUCACAGUCUCAAGGCCAGAGUUCGACGGAAUUCCACCCGCCCGAAGUAACCAAAUCUGAGGAUUUGGGCAACACAAAUCUCGGUACAGAAGUCGCUGUGUCAACGAAUACGCAAGCUCACGAAGAGAAACAAAAUCCAGCUUACACCAAGCCAAAAUUUAAUGAAGAUGGCGUAGAGGUCAAGAAUUACCUGACGAAUCGCCGUUCAAUCUACAGGCCAUUUGCAACACAAACCCUGGAGUCCAUGGUUCAUACCAUAAACUUUGGCGCUGAGCCAGAGUUGUCGAUCGAGGAGCCUCCUUUACCGAAUGGGGGUGCCCUACCUGAUAUUAAGGACACAAGUGAGAGUGCUUGUGACAAUGAAAAGCCCUCUACCGUCGCUCCUUCGGUCGAUUUGCGUCACUUUGUUGAGGCGGAUUUCGACCCUCUAGUGAUGGCUCUGCCUGCGUCAGAGGUAGUGAAUGAGGAUUCUGUGCGGCUUGCCGAGUUCAAAAAGGUUUUAGAGGGUGUACCGGAUGACUUCAGCUUCAUCCAUGCGAGCGUUCUCGCGUGGGAUGCAACAGUUAAGAAACAGCGCGAGGAGAAUGAGAGGCAACGUCACGCAAGGCAAAUUGAAUCAGAACAACGUAUUGACGCUUUGUUCGACGACCAUGAGAUCGGAUAUGGAGAUAUUGCUGAACUUGAGGGGGAGUUCAAGCAGUCUGAAGCCGCCAAGAAAGCGGAAGAAGAUCGUUUUGAGUAUGAGCUAUUCAUUGAAAAUGUUUUCAAUGUUGUAUGGACCCGUCUUCAUUUUGAGGUGGAUCAAUUGAGGCCUCAUUAUGAUCAAUUCAGCAAACUCAUGGAUGAAACACUGGCAGGCAAAGACAUCUUCGGGAUACCGGAAGCCGGCUUGAGCCUUGCUCCUACGAUGACAGCCUUCCUGGGUCUACAUCAGAAGCUUGAGAUACGACAUCAAAAAGCUUUCGAGGCAGUUUUAGAACGGGAUCGCCGUCUAAAGAAAACUGAGAUCUCGCCUUGGUACAGCCUAAGCAAUCUAGCAAAAGUGAAGCAGCUCGAAAAGCAAUUUGAGGACGCAGAAAAGAAAGCCAUCAUAGGAUACUGUCAAGAGCGUAAUGAACGCGCUAACCAGCUCAUGGACGUCCUUGAUCAGAACACGUUACGUGGCGUGGGUGCUAAUCAGGAUUACAUGGAAGCUGUGAUGAAAGCAGUGCGCCGCAUCGCGUCUGGGCGAGCCUAUGCAUCUGUACCAGGCUUAGAAGCUCCAACUCGGGGCAUCGAGUUGGUGGAAAAGGCCAAGACCAUCACUGCUCUCGUCGCUGCAUCAUCCGAGCAAAUUGUUCAGACCUUCCACGUUGCGGAUAUGCUACUCAACAGCGCUGACUAUGAGGUGUCCGUCGCUAAAGCAAAGGUUGCUCGUGCAGACUUGGCCACAUUGACAAAGCUUAAGGAGGAGAGGACAAAGGAGGACCUGAAAUUGAUGAGGGAUCUUGAACAUCGGCUUGCGUUGAUUCGAGAGGACUCGAGGAGAACCAAUGAUGAGAUCAUCAAAUUAAUGCUUUUCUUAGGUAUACAGAACAGCAAAGCUCUCAGCGCGCAUCCGAUUGCACCAGCGCUAAGAAUGCAACAGCAGCAGCAAGCAACAGCGGGCGCCAAAGACCCGGGGCAUGAAGCGCAAACCUUCAAGAGCUUAGACGAGCCAGCAGACAAGACAAUGGCACGAGACGGCAUGAAAUGA